AUGGCAGGAGGAAUGUCAUCAGCAGCGCUCGGUUCCCACAUCCUCACGACCCUCACGUCUCUCUCCUCUCAUCCCACUAUCCAUGCAAUAGCCCGCCGCGACCUCCCAACUUCUUCAGCCAACGUUCACCCUCUCAUCGAACCUGACAGCUCAAAAUGGCCUUCCAGUCUCCAAUCUCUCUCCCCAACCCCAAACAUCUUCCUCUCCGGCCUCGGCACCACCAAAGCGCAAGCGGGCUCCUUCGAAGCCCAGCGCAAAGUAGACUACGAUCUCAAUGUUUCUCUCGCUAAGGCUGCAAAGGAGUCCGGAGUCAAAGUUUACGUACUCAUCUCAUCGGCUGGCGUCUCCACCAAAUCUUUGUUCCCGUACGGCAAGAUGAAGGCCGAAUUGGAUGAAGCGGUUCAAGAGCUUGGGUUUCCUCACACAAUCCUAGUGAAGCCAGGGCUGCUAGUCGGACCGAGGAAGGAUAGUCGGCCUAUGGAGGCAGCCUUCCGGGUUGUAGCAAAGGGACUAGGCGCGAUAAGUAAGGGGUGGUUGACAGACUGGUGGGCACAGGAUGCGGAUGUUAUUGGCAGGGCUGCUGUUGCGGCUGGGAUGCAAUGCGUGGAGGGCAAAAGAGAGGAGGGGGUUUGGGUGGUCAGUCAGAACGACAUUAUCAGAUUGGGUAGGACGGAGUGGAAAGGCGAGACAUGA